UCGGUUCACCACGCUGCUCGUGCUCGUGCGGCCUGCCGUCUGUCCGGCUGUGGACUUGUUGAUCCGUCCGGUCUCGUCCCUCCGGAACAAUGAGCCGUCCCUCCGUUCCGGUUCCAGCGGAAGCCCCUCCCUGGCGGCGUUAGCAUUUAGCUCUGGAUCGGGGCGACCGGAGGAGAAACGGGGAAACGGGGGAGAAACAACCGACAGGAGAGAGAAAUGAGCCCGGCGGAGGACGGCAGAGGACUGCGGUGACGAGACAGCGACCUUCGCCGCGAACAUCGACCUGUCCCGGGGCGCUUCUGAGACCAGGACCAUGCUGGCCCCCUGCUGUCGCCCUCGGUAGACUGACCACACAGAUCCAGGAUGGGCUUCGGUCGGGACCUGCGGAACUCCCAUGAGGGGCUGCUGAAGCUGCAGGACUGGGAGCUGAAGCUGCUGGACACGGUGAAGCGCUUCAUGACUCAGCGGGUGAAGAGCGACCGGGACUACGCGGCGCUGCUGCUCAGCAUGACUCAGCAGCCGGAGCGGCACGAGGCGGCGGACUACGUCAGCACCGUGGGCAAGGCGUGGUCGCAGGUGGUGCGGCAGACGGAGGCGCUGGGCCGGGUCGUGAGGAGCCACGCCGACGACCUGAACUCGGGGCCCGUGCACCGCCUGGCCACGCUCAUCCGGGACAAGCAGCAAGUGAAGAAGAGCUACCAGAGUCUUCAUCAGCAGCUGGAGAGCCACAACCACAAGAUCACCGGGACCGACCUGGAGAAGCUGAAGGCGUCGUACCGGCAGCUGAGCCGCGAGGCCAACGGCGCCCGGGACAAGUACCGGGAAGCGCUGACCAAAGGCCGGGAAGCGGAGCGAGCGCGAGAGCGCUACGACAAGGCCACGGCCAAGCUGCACAACCUGCACAACCAGUACGUGGUGGCGGUGUGCGGCGCCCGGGCGCAGCAGGACCAGCACCGCAGCGCCGCCGGCCCCGCCCUGCUGGACGCCCUGCAGGCCAUGCAGGAGGACAUGACGCUGGCGCUGAGGAGCAUCCUGGAGGAGUACUGUGAGAUCAGCAGCCUGCUGACGGAGGAGGUGGUCCAGGUCCACCAGCAGCUGGCGGCCGCCGUGCAGCAGAUCGACCCGCAGGCCGAGUACCAGCACUUCAUCGAGGCCUACAGGUCUCCGGAGACGCCCGAGGCCCGCGUGGACUUCGACGCGUCGCUGUCGGAGGAGGCGGAGAACCUCCCGGCCGACGAGCUGCUGUGGAACACGCUGACGGCCGACCACCUGCAGGCCAUGCUGUCCUCUGCCUCGGAGGAACUGGCGCUGACUCAGCAGAACCUGCGGACCAAGGAGGCGUUGGCCGACGAGCUCCACGCCAAGAUCCAGACCAGCCAGAGCGGCGCCGAGAGGAAGAGCGACUGCGUCCUGCUGCUCAGCCAGAAGCUGUCCCUCCUGGAGCUGCGUCACGCCGUCCAAUCCCUGCGCAGCUCCGAGGUCCGUCUCGGCUCCCAGAAGGCCUUGCUGGACGCCCGCUUGGCCGCCGCCGCCUCGCCGCCCCCGCCGCCCGCCGCCCCGGCUCUGCCGUACGAGGACGACGCUCGCUCCGUCGGGUCCACGGACAAAACCAAGGAGAAGAGCUCCCGCUUCGACACGCUGCGCCACUCCCUGGCCGGGAUGAUCCGCUCCCCCAAGGCCCUGCUGGGCUCCUCCACCUCGUUCUUCGAUGUCAUCCCCACGUCGGCGCCCCUGGGGGAGCAGGAGUGGUACCACGGCGCCAUCCCCCGCACCGAGGCCCAGGAGCUGCUGCGGCAGCAGGGGGACUUCCUGGUCCGGGAGAGCCACGGCAAGCCGGGAGAGUACGUCCUGUCCGUCUUCGCCGACGAGCAGAGACGCCACUUCAUCAUCCAGUACGCCGACAGCCAGUACCGGUUUGAGGGGACGGGCUUCUCCACCAUCCCUCAGCUGAUCCAGCACCACUUCUCCACCAAGCAGGUCAUCACCAAGAAGUCCGGGGUGGUGCUGCUCAACCCCGUGGUCAAGGACAAGAAGUGGAUCCUGAACCACGAGGACGUGACGCUGGGCGAGCUGCUGGGGAAGGGGAACUUCGGCGAGGUCUUCAAAGGGACGCUUCAGCGGGACAAGACUGCCGUCGCUGUCAAGACCUGCAAAGAGGACUUACCUCCGGAGCUGAAGAUCCGCUUCCUGUCUGAGGCCAGGAUCCUGAAGCAGUACGACCACCCGAACAUCGUGAAGCUGAUUGGAGUUUGCACGCAGCGCCAGCCCAUCUACAUCGUCAUGGAGCUGGUUCCUGGCGGAGACUUCCUGUCCUUUCUGAGGAAGAAGAAGGACGAGCUGAAGACGAAGCAGCUGGUCCGCUUCGCCGUGGACGCCGCCGCCGGGAUGGCGUACCUGGAGAGCAAGAACUGCAUCCACAGGGACCUGGCCGCCAGGAACUGCCUGGUGGGGGACGGCAACCUGCUGAAGAUCAGCGACUUCGGCAUGAGCCGCCAGGAGGACGACGGCGUCUACUCGUCCUCCGGACUCAAGCAGAUCCCCAUCAAGUGGACGGCGCCCGAGGCCCUGAACUACGGCCGUUACAGCUCGGAGAGCGACGUGUGGAGCUACGGGAUCCUGCUGUGGGAGACCUUCAGUCUGGGGGUGUGUCCUUAUCCGGGGAUGACCAAUCAGCAGGCUCGAGAGCAGGUGGAGAAAGGCUUCAGGAUGUCCUGUCCUCAGCGUUGCCCGGACGACGUGUACCGAGUGAUGCAGCGCUGCUGGCAGUACAACCCCGAGGACCGGCCCAAGUUCUGCGAGCUGCAGCGAGACCUGGCGGCCGUCAAGAGGAAGUGACGGGGCGGCGGGACGGGGCGGCGGGACGGGGCGGCGGCCGUCAAGAGGAAGUGACGGGGCGGCGGGACGGGGCGGCGGCCGUCAAGAGGAAGUGACGGGGCGGCGGCCGUCAAGAGGAAGUGACGGGGCGGCGGCCGUCAAGAGGAAGUGACGGGGCGGCGGGACGGGGCGGCGGCCGUCAAGAGGAAGUGACGGGGCGGCGGGGCUCGAGGGCGGGUCUUGAACAAGAACUCUCCAAACUGUGAAGACAGCUUUAAGCCACGCCUCCUCUUUCUAUGCUGUAACCAUGGCAACAGAUCCCAGGACCAAUCAGCUUUAAACACUAAACACUACGUUUUCAGUUUUAUUUAUUGUUUUAAUAGAUUCUAACUGACCUUUACUCUGAGUGUCUACCGGGCCUCCUGGCAGCCUGAAGAUCAGCCCGUUUUUACUUCCUACAUCGUCUUUUGUAUUUGUUCAGACUAUAAAAAUAUGAUUGUAUCAUUUAUCAAGAAAAUAAACUCUAAACCAUUU